AUGAGAAGUUUACUCGUGCUGGCGGUCCUCGUGACGGCCUCCCAGGCGUUCUCGGUGUUCCAGAACCCACCAUGCUCGGGAACUACGACCUGCUUGGUGAACUGUGUAGUGAACUCGCGCUGUCCAAUUUUCAACCCUACCAAGCCCAUCCUGCUGCCCGGUCCGACCUGUGAUCGUUUCUACAAGUGCGAAAGUGGCCGCGCCUGCGAGACGCUGUGCCCCGGUGGUACCCACUACAACUCUCGCGAGGAGGUCUGCGAUUGGCCGCACCGUGCCUGUUGCGAUCCGAGCAUUGAGUGUCGUCCCGAUCCUUGCGGACCUGGUGGAGAUUGUACCGUACCGUCGCCCCCAACUCAACCUCCAAUCGUCAUUCCGCCACCACCGCCACCACAACCACCAUGCAGCGGAGGAAGCAUCUGUGCCAACAACUGCCCGGUAGACAACCGUUGCCCGAUGUUCGAUGGACCUAAGCCGACUCUGCUCCCUGGACAGCACUGUGGCGUUUACGCCAAGUGUAUCGCUGGACGUGCCUGCCCGAUGUCUUGCCCUGCGGGACUCCACUUCAACUCUGCCAAGCAGAUCUGCGACUGGCCGUUCCAGGCUUGCUGCGAUCCCAGUGUAGAAUGCCGUCCGGACCCAUGCGGACCUAAUGGUUGCGGAGGAGGCGGAGGCGGACCCAUCUACCCACCACCACCACCGCCACCACCACCACCACCGCCACCAUGCAGCGGAGGAAGCAUCUGUGCCAACAACUGCCCGGUAGACAACCGUUGCCCGAUGUUCGAUGGAUCUAAGCCGACUCUGCUCCCUGGACAGCACUGUGGCGUUUACGCCAAGUGUAUCGCUGGACGUGCCUGCCCGAUGUCUUGCCCUGCUGGACUCCACUUCAACUCUGCCAAGCAGAUCUGCGACUGGCCGUUCCAGGCUUGCUGCGAUCCCAGUGUAGAAUGCCGUCCGGACCCAUGUGGACCUAAUGGUUGCGGAGGAGGCGGAGGCGGACCCAUCUACCCACCACCACCACCGCCACCACCACCACCACCGCCACCACCAUGCAGCGGCGGAGGCAUCUGUGCCAACAACUGCCCGGUAGACAACCGUUGCCCGAUGUUCGAUGGAUCUAAGCCGACCCUACUUCCUGGACAGCACUGUGGCGUUUACGCCAAGUGUAUCGCUGGACGUGCCUGCCCGAUGUCUUGCCCUGCCGGACUGCAUUUCAACAACGCCAAGCAGAUCUGCGACUGGCCGUUCCAGGCUUGCUGCGAUCCUAGCGUUGAAUGCCGUCCCAAUCCAUGCCCACCGGGCGCGUUCGGCUGUGGUCAGAACAACUUCAACAACAACAACAACAACUGGAUGUGGGGAUAA